AUGGAUGGAACGGAUCGUGGGAAUCAUGACGACAGGUUGAAGCAUCGUGUGUUGGCGCUGCCAAGCUUGAGAGGUGGCUUGUUGGUGCAUGCGCUCAAGAAGAUCAAGCAGCGAACAGGAGUACUCACUUGCGAACUACAGUACCUCGAUUAUGGAGCAGAGGUCGUGAUCAAUGGGAAGCCCGGCAGCGUAUUGAACUGUGAAGAAGCUGUACUGCAAGUUGCCGAAGGCAGCAUUGAUGGAUGGGGCUUCGCAGAAGUCCGCCAUGAGGUGUCCUUUCCGGCCGCCAAAAAGCUUGAAACGGGCAAAGCCAAACCUCAUCGAAGCCCAGCACAAGCCAUUGGAUGUAUGACAGGUUGCGACCUUAUUCUCGAUGAAGCGCAGUCGCAGAUGCUUGUGGUGGGUCCUUCUGAAGCUGUCGCUCGCGGUGCUGCCAGGCUUGCAGAGAAAUUUCUGGCGUCGCGGAGUCAUGAUCUUUCUGCUGUCGUCAAGGUUGACACGUCGCGAGCUGACUCGAAGUGCGUCUCGGCUCACGUGCUACAUCACGGUGGUGUUGCGGCUGAGAUGAAACCGUUGGAUUCGAGCGGGGGAGCAAAGGACUCGGACGCGAGAGCAUGGAAGCCACCUGCAAAAGCACCGCCGGAAUUCGUGCUGGCAGCUCCACACUCAGACCGCCCUGCAGGAUGUCCCGUGGUCCAAGCUGUGACGGAUGAAUUUGGCCGCCGAUAUUACUUGAACCACAUGGAUGCCACAUCGAGUUGGCAUCCACCUCCUCCGCAUAUUGGCUUCUGGGAGCAACUGCUUGAUUACAGGACGGGCCGAGCCUAUUUCGUGAACCGUGGUACCGGACAAACUUCUUGGGACUUGCCUGGUCGUCUGCAUCAGCCGGGAGCUGAAGCAAAGGCGAAACUUUCUGCCCCGUCUCCCAGCGCCUGGGUCCCGCCUUCCACGCCGCCGGCGCCUCCGCCUCCGGCGCCUCCGUCAGCGACGGUGCCCACAGAGGCCCCAAGCUCUGACCGUGCGGCGAGCGUCCGCAUGACGCAGACCGACGACCCGCUUGAAGGCCGAAGGGAAGCACGGCUUCGGACAAGGCAAGCACUGGAAGAGAUCAAAGCUCGCAGGCGCCGGAGUCCCGGACCUCCGGGUCCUUCUUCAGUCCCGGUCUACGAAGCCGCGGAAGACUUCCUGGAGUUGCCUGCGGGUGAUGGGGCCGAGCACCAGGCAGAGGACCGAGACGACGAUGCGGAGGCUGACGGCGAGCCAGGGGAGCUUGUCUACGAGGAGGAAGAAGAUGUGUUCAGCACACAAGGCGCUGAAGGAACACACGCGCACGCAGAAACGUUCGCUGAAGAUGGCGAUCCAGGACGGCCAUCCCCGACAAAUCAGCAAGACAUCUCAGACGAGGUGCUCGUGGAUCUUGACCCAGUUCCGGAUGUUGAGCAGGAGUUCUGGGAAGAGGACAUAAGCAUGGAGUUCGACUUAGCCGACAAGGAUGACAUUUUCGAGUGCGAUGUUUUCGAACAAGAAGACUUGGAUGACUUCGCAGACGAAGAGGCCAUCAAGCACGAGCUGCUGUCCGAGAUCCAAACAUUACGUGAGCGUCAAGAUGAGGAGGUGCACCUAGAGGACGACAUCGCAUGGCAAGUGGACGAGGAGGAGUUCAAUGAUUUGGUGCACGAGCCAGUGAGACCCGCCAAGGGUCAUGGUCCCAGUGAACUUGGUGAACCUCAAAUGACGAGGAAGGUCAUCCGGCCUCCAAUGCAGCCGAAGAGCAAGCACAAAGCGAAGCCGACGCCGCCUUCUGAACCACCGCCAAACUGGCACAACGGUGCCAGAAGCUCCCAGGCAGAGCUCUACAACGAUCGUGGCGCGCAGCGGGGCCAAUGGAGAUCUCAGAAAGGAGCUGGUGGCAAGAGACAGCCUGCCAAAGGCACAUGGAAAGAGCAGAAGAGGAAAGUGGAGUACACUGAGCAUUCGCCAGCUGCACGGCGAAGGAAAAGUUGGAGCAGCGACAAUUGGGUUGGUCACGAAGGGCAUGAUCCCGAAUGGGGUGAUACCAGCAGCUGGGACGGCCCGAGCCACGAGAGAGGAUAUCGCCAUGCAAAGCCCAUGGACGAGGAUUGGUCGAAGGAUUGGAAAGCUUGGAAAGAUGAGGGUACCUGGAAGCGAGGAAGCUCUUCCAGCUCCAACAGAGGUUGGAGCUGGAAGCGCCGCUGA